AUGGCCGACGCCAACAGCAACAGUGAGCUAAUGAGCGUGUGUUCAGUGGGUGGGAAUCCGGUUUCCGCCUUCUUGUCAUGGAGAUUACAGGCAACCAACGCCUGCGAUGUUACACUCGUGUGGAAAUCGGGAUAUGAUCAUGUUGCGCAAUACGGCAUUUCGUUCAAGUCGCCAGUCUUUGGUAACGAACGCUUCAAGCCUCGACAUGUCGUUCGCGUUCCCGAAGAAGCCGCAAACACCGUCGGCCCCUUCGAUUACGUGAUACUUUGCAUCAAGGCCCUGCCUGAUGUUUACGAUCUCGCCGCCGUCAUCGACGCUGUCGUCACGCCCCAGCAUACGUGCAUCUUGGUCAACACAACGCAUACACUCGGCGUCGAGGCUGCUAUAGAGGAGCGUUUCCCUACCAACGUCGUCUUGUCGCUGGUCUCCAAUGCCGAACUCUCCCAACUUGGCCAGAGCGAAUUCGAACACAAGGGAUCUACCGAGAUUUGGGUUGGACCUUCCAGCAAGAAUGACAACAUCCCGGCCGCGAUUCAGGAGGACAUGGCUCAGGCACUGGCAAUGACAUUGACAACCGGCCAGGUCGAUUGCAAAGUCUCCCAGAACAUCCGCCAGCAGCAGUACGAAAGGGUGAUUGGCCCUAUCGCUUUCCACCCUGCGAGUGUGAUUUUCGAGACAUCAAACCACACGCAGCUGCUCGAGAAGGUUGGAGUCCGAGACUUGGUGAACGACGUGAUCGACGAACUUAUCGCCCUUGCCACUGCACACGGCUGCAAGUUGGCCCCCGACUACAAGCAAAAGACGAUCGACGACAUGACGAGGCCCACGCCUACCGAGAGUAUCAUGUGGCAGGAUUACAUUGCGAGACGACCAAUGGAGGUCGAGACGUAUCUUGGGUCCCCGAUAAAAUUGGCGAAAGAGUCCCGCGUCCCCGUUCCGCGCAUCGAAACACUUUAUGCGAUUCUGCACAACCUUAAUAUCGUCAACCGCCAGAGACCGCCCAAGCCUGUCGAUGCUGCUCUGGCGCCUCCGGGGUCCCCUACAUCCCAGUCACCCGCCCCGAGAAUGUCGACGCAGAAUGGCAUCCGUCCCAUGAACGGCAACGGUAUGCCUCCCCGCGGACCCCGCCCACGCAACUCGUCCAACCUGGGCCCGCCGCCCCCCGGCAUGCGUCGACCGCCCAUGAACGGCGGCCCUCCGAACGGCUACCCUCGUGGCCCCCCUGCGCCCGGAUCUCGGGCUGCAUCAAGGCGAGGAUCUCUCGAGGGAAACGACCUGGAGGAGUUCUCUCAUCUGAUGCUUUACGACGAUAUUCCCGAGGGCGGCGAGCCCGGCUACGGCCCGGAGGGCUCUGAUCUCACGCUUCGUGAACGGGAGUUGGAGCUGCGUCAGAGAGAGCUGGCUAUGAGAGAGCGGGAAAUGCGGAUGAGAUCAAGGGGCCCGCCUCCCCGGAGAGGCCCGCAUCCGAUGCGCAACAGCGCCCAGGCAUUCGACGAAGACGAUGACGACGAUGACUACUUCGACCCCAACUCCGGCCCGCCGCCUCCCAUGAUCGACCCCGAGAACUUCGACAUGAUGAGCGUAACGUCGAGGAAGAACCGGAAGCAAGCGCCGCCGCCUCCGAACCGAGCCCAAUUCCACAAGAACGAGGUCUACGACGCAGCUGCACCCCCGGUUCGGUCUUCUAGGUUCCGCCCGAACUUCGGCCGCAAUCGAUCCAGCCAGAUCGCUAACAUGCCCCCCAUGAACGAGAACAUCCUGGACGACCCCCUUCUCUCCAUGACAUCAAAUCGUUACGGCGCAGUUGACCGAGGAGCAAUGCACGCAGGAUCCAGAGCGAACUCGCUGACGGCUUCUCGAUUGGACGAAAUGCAGUUCGCCGGCGGGCCGAUGCAGAUGGGCAUGAACGGAGCAUUCCCCCGGCGAGCUAGCCAGUCGCCGGGAAAUCCGUACAGCCCUUCGAUUCGAGGCGGAGGUCGACCGUCGCCUCCUAACGGUUUCGGCGGCCCUUCGAUGAACGGUCGGCCAUCGCCGCCAGAUGGUGUCCGUCAACCCGUGCCCCGAUACCCUCCCGGCCAUGGUAACGCAGUCGCGCCACAGCAGGUUGAGCAACAUGUCGGGGUGAGCGGCCUUCUCCCACCCAAGCAGAAAAACACGACCUACCUCCUUGCUUCCUGGACGAAGACGAGGAUUUCAUCACGAAUUCAAGCGGUGACUGAGGGCAAGAAUAUUCUCAGGAUGGCGACGAGGAACAUCAACAUGACGCACACGGCUCGGCCGUCCAUGUCGUCGGGCUCGGGGAACGCGAUGAAGACGAGGCAACUUCUGGCCCAGCUAUCCGCCAACCUCGCAGACACCGAGAACCUGGUUCGUAUGACGAGCGUUCAGGCCGAGAGCAUGCGGGGGCUUGGUGCGUGGCACGGCGGAAUGUUCAUGGCUGCUAGCAAGGUGCUUGGCGAGGAGGCUAUCAAUCGGGAUGCGGCGGCGCAGGCGAGGGGCGGACAGCGUUAA